GGCCCCGCCCAUCGACCCCCCCGGAGCCAGCGGUGCGAGGCUGACGCUCCGGGUCCCCGCUCGCCUGCCGGAGCUUCUCGCCAGUCCCUGGCGCGGUGUCCCGGCUCAGGCCCUGCCAUGGUCCGCAGGCUGGGCUGGCUGGUCCUGUACGGCCUGGCUGUGCUGCUGCUCAGCUGCCUGCUCUUCCUGAAGAAGGAGGCCAAGCCAGUGGGGGGCUCGAGGGCCCACCAGCCCUUCUGGGCUCCCCCAGGGCCCCGCCGCAGCCAGUGUCCCCCCAACCGCACAGUGGCUAACAUCUCCUUGUCCUUGCCUAGCCGUCACCGCCUCUUCUUGACCUACCGCCACUGCCGCAACUUCUCCAUCUUGCUGGAGCCUUCGGGCUGUGCUGAGGACACCUUCCUGCUCCUGGCCAUCAAGUCACAGCCCGGCCACGUGGAGCGGAGGGCGGCUAUCCGCAGCACGUGGGGCCGGGUGGGGGGCUGGGCCAGGGGCCGGCGGCUGAAACUGGUGUUCCUUCUGGGGGUAGCGGGACCAGCGCCCCCUGCCCAGCUGCUGGCCUACGAGAGUCGGGAGUUUGACGAUAUCCUGCAGUGGGACUUUGCUGAAGACUUCUUCAACCUGACGCUUAAGGAGCUGCACUUGCAGCGCUGGGUUGCAGUGGCCUGCUCCCAGACCCGCUUCAUGCUAAAGGGAGAUGACGACGUCUUUGUCCACGUCCCUAACGUGCUGGAGUUCCUGGAUGGCUGGGACCCAGCCCAGGACCUCCUGGUGGGAGAUGUUAUCCGCCAGGCCCUGCCCAACAGGAACACCAAAGUUAAGUACUUCAUCCCCCCAUCCAUGUACAGGGCCCGCCACUACCCACCCUAUGCUGGGGGCGGGGGCUACGUCAUGUCCAGGGCCACCGUGCAGCGGCUCCAAGCAGCGGUGGAAGAGGCCGAACUCUUCCCCAUCGACGAUGUCUUUGUGGGCAUGUGCCUGAGGAAGCUGGGGGUGAGCCCCAUGCACCAUGCUGGCUUUAAGACAUUUGGAAUACGGCAGCCCCUGAACCCCCUAGACCCCUGCCUGUACCGAGGGCUCCUACUGGUGCACCGCCUCAGCCCCAUGGAAAUGUGGACCAUGUGGGCCCUUGUAACAGAUGAGGGGCUCAGGUGUGCGGCAGCCCCCUUGCCUCAACUCCGAGGGGUGGGUUGAGUAGACCCAGUGUUGAUUUUCCUAUCAUGAUGACAAAUUGAGAACCUUGACACUUGACCCUGAUGUGUCAGGGAAUGCUGACUUCUUUUUUGUAACCCCCACCGGAACCUUGCUAACACUUAUUAAAAACACUGAAACCUGGC